AAUGUUGGUCUAGCAACAUUGGCGACAAUCGUCUGACCGCUUCUGACUACGCCACCACGCUUCUGACUUCUUCUGACCAACGCCGCGUUUUGACAGAUUGUGAUAGCCGCGUACGUAAAAAUAUGCCGGGGAAGCUGUUUUACAGCGACGAAGAAAAAGACCUCGUAACAGAGCUUGUGCGUAAGUACAAGUUCUCAAUCGAAAACAAAAAAUCCGACACCGUGUCGCUGUCGAGAAAGAUGAAAGCAUGGGAUGCACUGACUGCCGAAUUCAACAGCGCAGAAAAUGUGCGGCCGCGCACUGUCGCACAACUAAGAAAGCUAUGGGACAACCUAAAGCAGCGCUGGAAGAAAGAAAAGGCCAAGCAAAUAAGGGAUGCCAUGGCUACAGGAGGUGGGCCGCCGCCGGAACCUGUGGACGAGCGGCUGUCGCAGAUCGAGGCUGCAGUUCCGCAUCUUUCCGAACGCGUCAAGAACCCGUAUGAUAGCGACCGACCACCAUCAACGCAACCUGCCGAUAGCGUGGCUGACAUCAUCGCCGGAAUGACGCAGAGCAACCCGGAGGACAGUGACGACGAUCGCACCCUGGAACUAAGUAGCACUGAAUAUUUGCAUGUGGAUUCUGCGAAUGCAAGAUCCCCGUUACCAGCAGACCCUACUGAUGCCUCAUAUGAGCCUGCGCAAUGCAGACAGCAAGCCUCUCAGCAUACUCAAUGCGCUACAACCCAGUCAGCAUCUCAAGAAACAGCGGUUAGCCGGCGUGCACUUUUGCAGCAGACGCUAUCCACCGAACUGGAAUCCCGGCUGCAAGCGUUGCAGGAUGAAAGAUGCCAAAGAGCCACAGAGCACAAAGCCAGAAUGAGAAUGAUGGAAGAAGAACAUGGAUGGAAAAGAGUGCAAUAUGCUGACGAGGAGAAGAAAAGAAAUUUUUUGCACAGGAUGCAGUUGCGUCUUCUGAGGGCUAAACUGAAGGUCUCCUCAAUGAGAGCAGAAGUUCUUGCCAAGCAACUGGCUGGUGAUGAGGCAAAGAGUAACUCUCAAUAAACAAGUUGUAACAGUUUUUAGCGUAAUGUUCCA